AUGUCACCAAUGGCACAGAGCUCAAGACCUCGAAUUUUGCUCAAAAUUCAUCGCAGCAAGAUGGAGGAGGGUGUGGGCAGGAAUUCGCAGAGUACCGCCGAUCUUCAGUUUGAAUUCCACGAAUUCGUACCAUCUGGCUCACGAACACAGAUGCCAAUGCCAGUACAUAUAAACUCUACAAAUCAAGAUCUCACACAUAUCGGAUCUGAAGCAGUGCCUCCACAUGUGGAGAAGCAAGAGAUGCCCGAUGAAAAGUUUUGGUGGAAGGCAGAGGCUGGCGAAUCCGGGACUACCGAUUACGAAGUUGACGCAACAAACAUAGAGGAACAAUGCGGGUUUUCACCAGGGGUGCAUCUGCCUCUUUCCGUCGAAACUAAGCCCUAUCUGCUUUGCAUUUCUCUUCUCUUAAAUGUCAGUCGCUUCCUACUCUAUCCAUUUUCGGUGGCACUGAACGAGCAUUCCCCUGGAAGCUUGAACGAAUGUGGCAUUUGUGGGCCCGCCAGUGCUAUUUGGGUGCCUGACAAAAGCGAGGAUGGUGAGCCACUGAUUGAGCAUACUUCCGAACAUGGGCAGAUUCUGAAGAUAGAUCCUGUCGAUACUUUUUGGAUACAGUGCGAUGAAUGUGGGAAAUGGUUCCACGGAGGCUGCGUCGGGGUGGAAGAAUACGAAGACGUUCUGAUCGACAAAUUUCAUUGCCCUCGAUGUGCCACCACCAAGGGUCCCACAAAAAUGAAGACCGUGAUAUUGCGACAUCGUUUUGCAUUUGACGAUUUGUCGCAAGCUAACCUUCCUACUGAAGUUGGCACGGAAGUUUGGAUUAAGGAUUUUAUAAAGAGGGAAGCGAACAUACCUCCUCCAAGCGACCAGCAUGUUACCAUUUGCAAAGACGGUUUCGAAUUUAUGGAGCAGUUCGAUCGCAGAGCCAAUUGGAAGAAGGUGUUUUUGAUUGAAGAAGCGCGUGGUCUAGAGCUGAGAGUACCCGAUCGAGAUGAGGAUUUCACCCUGCGAACAAUUGUCGAGAUCUUGGGACGAACGUAUAAGGUAGACACGAUUGACGUCUAUCGACAAGUAACCCAGAGCAUGUGCAUCGGCACGUUCUACGACAAAAUGAUUGAUAGCAACCGAACACGGCUAUAUAAUAUUCUUAGCUUGGAAUUCAGCCAGAAUGAUAAAAUGAAGAAACUAAUUUCUCCGCCGCUGCUGGUACCUGAACUGAGCUUUGUGCACAAGCUGUGGCCCGAUAGAAAUGACGUCGUCAAUUGGGACCCUGAAUUGCAACAGGUUGUCGAGGUGUUGGAAGAACACCGUAACAAUAAGCCUGAGGUGGCGUUGUUCUGCUUAUGUGGCAUGGCUGGCUCUUACACUGACUUCCACAUAGAUUUUGGGGGAUCCAGUGUAUGGUAUCACAUUUAUGAGGGCGAGAAGGUUUUCUACAUUGUCGAGCCCACGGACAAGUUUCUGAAUUUGUUUGAAGAGUAUCAGCGCUCUGAAACAAGAUCUGAAACAUUUUUUGGUGAUCUCCUGCCGCCAGGAACAGUUCGUAGGGUGGUAAUCAAGAAAGGUCAGACGCUUAUGAUUCCCGCUGGAUGGAUACACGCUGUCUAUACGCCUAAAGAUUCUUUGGUGUUUGGAGGGAAUUUCCUACAUGCCUUGAACGUGCCCAUGCAACUCAAGAUAUAUGAAAUGGAGCAGCGUUUGAAAAAGCUGGUCGGCACAGAGGAGAAAUUUCUUUUUCCUCACUUUGAAUUAGUGAAUUGGUAUGCGGCCAGGUCGUUGAUUUUAGAACAGCUGAGAGAAGCUAAUGAUGAAGGAAAUCGUGCUGACCAGUACAUAUUGGAUGCUGCAACGGCAUUGAUGCCAUGUUUGAAAGAGUGGAUGCGUCGUGACAAGGAGGCCAAGAUGAACAGUACGCAGUCCUUCAACGAUGUUUUGGUGAAACUACAGCGGGAGAUCAACAAACAACACCGCAUUCGCCGUUCUCUCUCGCCUGCAUGUAGGUCACCUAGAAAGACAACGAAAAAGAGAAAAUCUGAAGACCUUGAACUUUUUGUAGAGCCAGGGACUAGUACAUCAUCUGUUACUGAAGCAGAGCAACGUUUGGAUGCGCCAGCGGUUUCUACUGAUCCUGCAGCCCAUACUCCUCAUAUAGAGCUUGCCAUACCAACAGCAGAAGAGUCCGGAGAGCCCGCGUCUGAUGCAUUGGACGAAGAGGCUCCGCUCGAUAUUCGACUGAAAAUUGUGUGGAAAGGAAAAAACUAUGCAUCUUCGGUAGUAGAGAAACCUGAUCCAAUGCUGGAAGAGGUGAAUAUGACGCAAAUGUUUGCACGUCGUAGUUCAAGUGGACGACAGCCGCGGCCAUCGGCGUGGCUUGCCGAAGCUGUAGGGUUGGAUGAGUUGGAGAAAACAGCGAAGAAACUAGAAGAGAAGGGAGAACAGCCGCCAGAGCGAAAUGUAGUCACCUAUGACACUGAAAUGGAACUGGCAUGUGAAGAAGAAGAAAGGAAUCUGCUACGUGACGAACGAGCGAAGAAAAAAGGCAAAGCUGCGGUUGGUACAGGAGACCUCCAGCGCCCAGCAACGAUAGCUAAGAGAAAGCCGUCAACAGUCAAACAACGUCUUGCUGCCAAAUUGAAGUUAAAAUAGUAUCUUUCCUCAUUUUGUUCACUUUUGUCAUAAUUCAGCAUUUAUUACGGGUUUAGAUUGAUACUCCUAUAUCACUACCUUUCAGCACUAUUUGUUAUUCCAUAGGCUGUAAAACCUUUUUGACCUUACAUCGUCUUCAAGAUGUUAAUAAUCAACUUGGCAAGUUUGCUACCAAAUAUUACUGGACAUACAAUGUUCAUUCCUGCAUUUGUGUUGUUUCUAAGCACUUGUUCUUAGUGCACUUACUAAACAUAGGAUGUUCAUACGAAGCUUGUAUGUUAAACUCUUACUAGGAUAGAUGGAAUCUUGUGCCAAUGUUGGAAACAGAUUUGAUAAAAGUAUGGCCUGGCC